AUAAAGGGGAAACGAAAGGAAAAAGUUCGUACACCUAAGCGAGAGAAAGUUGGUGUUUCUCCUGUGCAUGGAAAGUCGAAUAAGAGGCAUCCCAGUAAUACUAAUCGGAUUCCUGCCAUCAUGAAUGCUGAAAGUACAAAUGAAGAAAACCUACAGAUGCUUGAUCCUCUGGGUUUUAGGGGUGUGUCGAGGGUUAAGCUUACGAGACUCCCGGAUAAUUGUACCGAAUGGCUUUGCAAAAGUUUUGAUGUUAGUUCAAGGUCUUUCCCGCUGCUUCGGUCAGGGAAGUUCAGAAUUGGAGAGGCAGAUGUGGAGAGAGUCUAUGGUUUGCCGUGUGGACCGUAUGCUAUUAAGCUGGAUAUGUUCAGUUCAAGACAGAGGCACAAGUGGGGAAUUGACUUAGGGCUUCCCAACACUAAGAAAGGAAAUGCGACAUUGGCGAACGUCAAACUGACAUUGGAAGAGGAGAAGGAGAAUAAGAAGUGGAGGGAUCUUUUUGUGCUGUAUGCAAUUGAGGCAGUUCUGUGUCCCAGUGGAAAUUUGAAGGUUGACAUCUCCUAUGUUGGGUUUUUGCAAGAUGAAAUGGUAGAUGACUUCAACCAGUAUAAUUGGUGGUGCAAGCAUGUGGCUGACUAUUUCAAUGAAAGUAUGGUCGAAGUGGUUGAAUCAGUCUCAAAGUUCCCUUCUAACGUUCAUCUUCUUUUUAUUUCUAUUCUUGACCGCCUGAAGAACCACCCUGAGCUGCCCAUACCGACCUGUAGGCACAGUUCAUACAAAGUCGCAAGUGCUGCUUUUCAAGUACUGAUGGACGAAGGCCAUAUCUCUAUUGGUCAUCGAGUUGUAGUGGAGGAAGAACAAGCAACCUCCAGUCUACCAAUGGGACGAGGACAUGUGAAGGGUACACAGAGGAAAAGGGCGAUGGAUGAUCUUGAUAUGGAGAGGGAAGGGGAUCUUCCGAAGCUGCCCCAUCUUGACAUCAACUGGGAUGGUUUUCAUUCGGUUAAAGAAGCAUAUCAGUUGAAGAAUUACAUGGAAAACUAUAAGAGGGCUUUGUUGAGAAUGGUUAGUCAUUACAGU